UUAACAUCAGCCUUGACCAUAAAAACACUUCAUUUCUUCUUUUGCAAGUUGGAUGAACACACCACCACCAUCUUUCCAAUUACUGAUGUUUGCUUUUCUAUAAAUUAGGAAGUGCGUUGCAGUAAGUUUCAUAUAAAUUAAGAAAAAUGGCUGUUUUAGUUCUGUGCUUCUUUUUCCUUCUUCAUACAAUUUCAUGCGCGACAGCUGCGACUAAUUGUGAUGCUUGUUUGCAUCAAAGCAAGGCUGCUUAUUUCCAUUCUUCCUCUCCUAUCUCAUGGGCAUGUGGGUAUGGUUACUUAGCAAAGGACUUAUAUGAAGGAUAUACAGCAGCUGGUGUUCCUUCCCUAUUUAAAGAUGGUGUUGACUGUGGAACCUGCUUUCAUGUUAAGUGCAAGGACAAGAAACUCUGCAGAGGAAGAGGGACCAAACUGGUGUUAACUAAUAAUUAUAAAAGUGAUUUUGGUAUAGAUUUGGUUCUCAGUGACAGAGCUUUUAUAUCUAUGGCUUACAAGGACAAGGCAAGAGAAAUGCUAGACCGUCGAAUCAUCGACAUUGAGUACAAGAGAAUACCAUGUGAAUACACAAACCAAAACUUGUCCGUAAGAAUUGAAGCAAGCAGUAAGAAGCUAGAUUCUUUAGCAGUUGCUUUCCUGUAUCAAGGUGGCCAAACUGAAAUUGUGGCUGUUAGUGUCAUUGAUCAGUUUGAUAGGUCGAGGCCCAUGGUCAGAAUAUAUGGGACGGUGUGGGAUAUGAGUCCGGUCCCUGAAGGGCCUCCGUCGUUUAGAUUACUGGUGGCACAAGGAUUUGACGGGAGUAUGGCAGCAUCAGAGAAAGGUUUGCCAGCCGACUGGAAAGUCAGAGAAAUGUACGAUCUUGGUGUUCAGAUGAAUGGCAUAAUCGAUUAUAGAGACGGCUGCUCUGGUUGCUAGUCAGAUAUGAUGUGUUCAUUCUUGCGACUAAGCAUCCAUUGAUUUUUGCAUAAGAAAAAUUAAAAGGAAACUGAAUUGGACAUACGUAACAGCAAACGUCAUUGUUGCUGGAGAAUUAACUAGCGAGGGUUUAAGGAAGACAUUGCUUUUGUAAUUUUGUUCUUUAAAGGAAGAUACUUGACCAAUUUGUCAAAA